GUUUAAACUGGCAGUUGUUAUUGUUGUGGAGGUCUGGGAUUGAAGUUUUUGCAGAUGGAUUUUCCCGAUCCUUCGUGUUAUUCAGGCAAAUAAGACAACUAUAAGCCAUUUACAUGUAGCACUUCUUAUCACACGUACAGUGUAGUGUUCAUUUAGUAAAACGGGCGAAACGCGGGUGUAAAGUCUACCGAGAUGUCUCUGCCACCGGAGAAAGCAUCUGAACUAAAGCAGAUCAUACACAACCAUCUGAUCAAGAUGAACAUCCAUAGGAAGAUCAGGGAUGUGUUGGCGGAGACCGUGAGAGAGGAUCUAGACCCUGGACAUAGCUCUCUGUCUGAGGAGGACUUCCUCCGGGCUCUGCAACGCAGGGGAAUCGUAGACGAUGUCAUGAAGGAUCUUCAUUUCUCCAAGGGGCUCUGAUCCACCAGGGGCUCUGAUCCACCAGGGGCUCUGAUCCACCAGGGGCUCUGAUCCACCAGGGGCUCUGAUCCACCGUGGGCUCUGAUCCACCGCGGGCUCUGA